CUGGGCGCGCGCGUGUGCGUGUGUGUGCGUACGUGUACGCGCGGGGCGCUGAUGACAGGACUGGCCGCGUGAGGAGCGCCGGCGGACACUGCGGUGGGGAGUCAGGAGCGCGCGGGCAGAUACACAGGUGUGCUGAGAGGUUAGAGAGAAAGAGAGAGAGAGAGAGAGAGAGAGAGAGAGAGAGAGAGAGAGAGAGAGAGAGAGAGAGACAGAGAGAAAGCGAGAGAGAGAAACAGAGAGAGAAACAGAGAAAGAAACAGAGAGAGAGGCUGUAGAAGUGUAGUGAGUGAUAAACUGCGCGGAUCUCUCCGUUCCUCACUCCGGUAGCUAGUCGUUAUGGAGAGCGGCGUGAACGCGUCGGACGCCCCCCAGUUCAGCAGCAGCGCCGCGUUCUGCCGAAACUUCAGCGGCAACGCGAACCUCUCAGACCCGGACAGCAGAUGCAACCGGGCGGGCGAGAUAAGCGAAAGCUCCACUCCCGUGAUCAUCGCCAUCAUCAUCACCGCCGUCUACUCCAUCGUGUGCGCGCUGGGACUGGUGGGCAACGUCCUGGUCAUGUAUGUCAUCAUCAGAUACACAAAAAUGAAAACUGCAACCAACAUCUACAUCUUUAACCUCGCGCUGGCAGACGCCUUGGCUACGAGUACUCUACCUUUCCAGAGUGUGAACUACCUGAUGGGCACCUGGCCGUUUGGAGACGUGCUGUGCAAGAUUGUGAUGUCCAUUGACUAUUACAACAUGUUUACCAGUAUCUUCACUCUGACCACUAUGAGUGUCGACCGCUACAUCGCUGUGUGCCACCCGGUUAAAGCGCUGGACUUCAGGACCCCCCGCAAUGCCAAGAUCGUGAACGUCUGCAAUUGGAUCCUCUCAUCAGCUAUUGGUCUGCCGGUCAUGGUCAUGGCCUCCACAACUGCUGCAAGAGUGGACUUCCGUGGCAACACUAUGGACAUUGACUGCACUCUGGAGUUCCCCCACCCAUCCUGGUACUGGGAGAACCUCUUGAAGAUCUGCGUCUUCAUCUUCGCCUUCAUCAUGCCCGUGCUCAUCAUCACCGUGUGUUACGGCCUGAUGAUCCUUCGCCUGAGGAGCGUCCGCAUGCUCUCCGGCUCCAAGGAGAAGGACCGUAACCUGCGGCGCAUCACCCGCAUGGUCCUGGUGGUCGUGGCCGUCUUCAUCAUCUGCUGGACGCCCAUCCACAUCUUCGUAAUCAUCAAGGCUCUGGUCACCAUUCCCAACUCGCUCCUGCAGACCAUCACCUGGCACUUCUGCAUCGCGCUGGGCUACACCAACAGCUGUCUCAACCCGGUGCUCUACGCCUUCCUGGACGAGAACUUCAAGCGCUGCUUCCGUGAGUUCUGCAUCCCCAGCCCCUCCGUCCUGGACCUCCAGAACUCCAUGCGUUCCACUCGGACCCGGAACCCCCAGCGUGAGGCCCACUCCAGUCUAACCGUGGACCGCACCAACCGGCAGGUAUGACUAGCAUUGGAGAUGUCAUCACUGGAUUCCCGCUGCCAGCCCAGUGUUGACAUGAACUCAGAACUGACGCAAGUCGUCACGGGUCUCUGACCUUUGUGGAGAGGAGAUGUUGACCAAUGGUCAAACGCCUGAAACUUUCAAAGGCCGCGAUAGACCUUUCUGAAAAGUGCAUUUCAAGAGUUGGGAAUAUGGAGAGACUAUUCAAUAUUUACUAUUAAAAACAAAUAUGUACCACAGAACAUGAAGCUGAAUAAGACUUCUUAGAAUACUGUAUUUCUGUCACAAUAUAGUAACUGGGUCAUUAUCAGAAUACUGUGCCUUUUGCCCCCAAAACGGUACCAUAAAAAAGACUAUUAAUUAUAAUUGUAAGACUUCAUACUACAUGUAAAUCAUAUUUACCAGCUUUUACAUUUUUUAUUUUAGGUAUUCAUUUACAAUUCAUUUACAAUUUUAGAGAAAAUUUCAUUUCUGUUACGAUAAUUACUUAACUGACUUAUCCUUUAGAAAAUGAACAUAAUAUAUUAUAUUUAUAUAUUAUUUUUAAAAGACUUUAAGACUUCACAUAAAUCAUAUUUCUCAGCUCAUUCACUUUUUAUUUUAGGUACUCGUGCAAUUUUACAGAACAUUUCAUUCUUGUUACGAUAAUUAAGUAACUGACUAUAUCCAUAGUAUAUUAUAUGUAUAUAUUAUAUUUAAAAGACUUCGCAUAAAUCAUAUUUCUCAGAUUAUUCACUUUUUAUUUUAGGUAUUCAUGCAAUUCUUGUUACGAUAAUUAGAUAACUGACUUAUCCUUCGAUAAAUAAUCACAUAAGUGGAGAUGCCUGCCACACUGUUCUGGACUCUCUCACACACACACACACACACACAGAGUACAGUUUUACUGCUGCAGUAGUCUUUCACAUCGUUAAAUGAAGCAAUACACUGACUGUAACUCUGUUCCUUCUGUUCUAAAACACAGUUCUGAGUAAAAUUACAGACCUUCAUCCUCGCCACGCUUGACUGUGCACAAUAAAUCCUGGAACUUUUGACUAUUUAUCAUAUUUAUAAGACCCCAGACUAGACAGAAAUCAUAUUUGCCAGCUUAAUCACAUUUUAUUUCUUGUUUGCAUCCACCCCAGCAUGAUAAGCUGCACAACAGAGUGGAUAAUGAAAAGAGUGGACAGUUUUAGUAAAAACUGUCAGUAAUUGAAAAUGUGGUUCAUCUAGAGUCGAUAAUUGAAAUGCCCAACCACUCCACCCCCCACACAUAUAAAAAAAACUGUAUAAAAUGCAUGGACAUAAACUUUCACACAAAAGGUACAUUAUUAUCGAUAAUGACCCAUAAACUGUUUCUGCAGUGUUUUAUGAGCUUUGAAGAUUAGUAGCUUACUUUUCAAAAGUACUGAUAUUACAAAAUCUGAGGCAUGUUGUCUGUCUGUCCAUCUAUUUUUAAGCUUUAAGGCCCACAUGAUUUGUAUAAUAAAUGCUAUAUUUCUGCUUUGCCUUUUCUCAGACUGUUGUAGCUGUCUCUUUACAAUAGGACUAGAUCUGAAAUAAGUUCCUUUAGUUCCUUGUAUUUAUCUCCAGUUCCUUUAAAAAAGGACAAUUAUAUGUUAUAUAUGUUAAAUAUGUAUUGUGAAUAAUCUUUUUAUAAACCGAACCAGUGCUUUAUAUCUGCCAAAAUGUGCCAUCAUAACGUGGCUGUUAAGUUAUAUGUUGUAAGUAGGAUGAAAUAGAAUGUUCAUGAGGCCAUGUAUAUUAACAGGACGUUUUUACUUGUCAUUGUAUUGUACUUCAGUGUUCAGUUUAAUAACUAAAUUUAAUAUUUUUGCAUUUGUAAAGCUUAUAUUUUUUUCAGACUUGGCUGUUAUGUUUUGUGCUUGUAUUUCUUGCCAGCGGUAGCACAACUUAAAUCCAAAUCUGUGAGCAACUCCUAGCUCAAAAGGACACACACUGUUCCAGUAUAGAUUAUAUAGAAUUCAACAUAGAAUAUAAAAAAUGUAGUGUCUUUUGCUACAAUGUAUAAUUUUUUUUUUAUCCUUCACUGGUUGCAAAUGAUGUAUUGUGAUUGCUAAUGCAGCUCUGUUAUUCUUCUGUACAUUCUGAUGUAAUUAUGUAUCAACUAUCAAUACAUUUAGAGAUUCUCUGACAAAAAGAAAACAUUUUAUGGAAUGAACACUUUCAAAUUAAUCUUUGCCAGAAUUCUGAAUUCUGCAUGAUGGCAUUUUUCUGCUUACUGACCAACAAGAGCAUCAUUAUUUGCUUCUGAAAAGGAUAUAUGUAAAGGCAAAAUUGUAUUAUGGAGUUUUUUUAUAUUCAAUCUCAAAAUAAAUUAUU